AUGGAGGAGAAAAAGGCCGAGCUCGAAAAAGAGGAGAAGCGGCAGAGGGGGGAGGAAGAGCAAAAGAGGGAGGAGGAGAAGAAGGAGGAGCUCGAAAAUAAUGAGAAGCUACAGAGGGAGGUGGAAGAGCGAAAAAGGGAGGUGAAGAAAAAGGCCGAGCUCGAAAAAGAGGAGAAGCGGCAGAGGGAGGAGGAAGAGCGGAAGAGGGAGGAGAGGAUGGAGGAGCGUGAAAAAAAGGAGAACCAGCAGAGGGAGGUGGAAGAGCGAAAAAGGGAGGAGAAAAAGGCCGAGCUCGAAAAAGAGGAGAGGCGGCAGAAAGAGGAGGAAGAGCGAAAGAGGGAGAAGGAGAGGAAAGAGGAGCACGAAAAAAGGGAGAAGCUGCAUAGGGAGGUGGAAGAGCGAAAAAGGGAGGAGAAAAAGAUCGAGCUCGAAAAAGAGAAGCAGCAGAGGGAGGAGGAAGAGCGACAGAGGGAGAAGGAGAGGAUGGAGGAGCGUGAAAAAAAGGAGAACCAGCAAAGGGACGUGGAAGAGCGAAAAAGGGAGGAGGAGAAAAAGGCCGAGCUCGAAAAAGAGGAGAAGCGACAGAAAGAGGAGGAAGAGCGAAAGAGGGAGGAGGAGAGGAAAGAGGUGCGCGAAAAUAGGGAGAAGCUGCAGAGGGAGGUGGAAGAGCAAAAAAGGGAGGAGAAAAAGACCGAGCUCGAAAAAGAGGAGAAGCGGCAGAGGGAGGAGGAAGAGCGACAGAGGGAGGAGAGGAUGGAGGAGCGCAAAAAAAAGGAGAACCAGCAGAGGGACGCCAAAGCAGACUCUCCGGACAUCCCUAUCGCCGCUGCACAACAAGUCAUGGAAAGGUAUGCCGCGACUCCCGAGGGCAAGGUGGGUGAGGCGGGUGGGGUGGGCGCUGGUGUGGCAGGUGUUUACUUGUCUGGGUCGGUGAUAAGAGACUGGAGAGAGACCUUUGCGGAGAAGGAGUUGCAGAAAGAGAAGGAGAAGGAGUGGGCGGGGAAGAAGGCGGCCGAAACGCGGAAGCAGACUGCAGUUCAGAGGGAGCAAGCAAGGAAGGUGGGAAAUACUAUGAUGGAGGCACAGCAUUUGUCGGACCAGCGCGAGUCGAGUAAGAAGUGGCAGAGGGGUGAGGAUGUGGGUAGAAGACUAGAGGAGAGGAGGGUGCAGCGCGAAAAGGACGAGAAGCAGCAGAGGGAGGAGGAACAGCGGAAGAGGGAGGAGGAGAAAAGGGUGAAGCGCAAAAAGGAUGAGAAGCGGCAGAGGGAGGAGGAAAAGAAGAAGAGGGACGAGGAGCGGAAGUUGGAGCGCAAAAAGGAAGCGAAGCGCCAAAGGGAAGAGGAAGAGCGAAAGACAGAGGAGGAAAGGGAGCAGCGUGAAAAAGAGGAGAGGAGGCAGAGGGAAGAGGAUCAGCGGAAGCGGGAGGAGGAAAUGCGGGUGGAGCGCGAAAACGAGGAGAAGCGAAAGAGAGAGGAGCACGCGAAGGCUGUGGAGCAGAGGCGGGCACAGUUGGAGGCAGAGUUAGAAGCAAAGCGCAUUGCAAAGCUCGUUGAAUUGAAAUGGUUGCAGGCCGAAAAGCGAAAAAAGGACCUCGAAAUAGAGUGA